CACUUCCCGAAAUGGGCAACUGUAUUUUUUAGAGUCUGACAUCCCUCCCUGGUUGACCCAAGUGGCAUGCCCGGGGUCAGUGUGGGCCCUAGCCCCGGGUGACUGGAUGGAGCCAUGGCCUUCCACGUUCCUGCUGCUGCUGCUGCUUUUGUGGUUACAGAGCUGUGUCUCAGACCGUGCUCAGAAAGUCCUGUCUCCCCAGGUCCCUCCAACGAGAACGUGUACAGGAAAGUGUGGCGGCGUGAAGGGGAGUCUCUGACUGUGCUGUGCUCCUACAAGAACCGCCGGAACCGCGCUGAGAGCAAGGCUUGGUGCAAGGUCAGGAAGAAGAAGUGUGAGCCCAGCUUCAUCCGGAGCUGGGUGAAGGGGCCCAGCUACUCGAUGCGGGAUGAUGCCAAGGCCAAGGUGGUCCACAUCACCAUGGAGGCCCUCAGAGUCCAGGACUCCGGACGAUAUUGGUGCAUGCGGAACACGGCUGGGAAUCUCUACCCGUUGGUGGGUUUCCAGCUGGAAGUGUAUCCAGCCCUCACAACUGAGAGAAACCUUCUUCGCACACAUCUAACCAACACCCUUGAGAGUGGAUUUGUCACAACGGGCCAGGUCCCCAUUUCAGGCCCUCAUGUGCCCUUCACCCGUGACGUGACUGUCUUCACAUCUGGACUCCUCACCUUGGCUUCAGGGACCACGGAGCCAACCCCUGUGACAAUCUACAGUUUCACCAAUUCCAGUGGCACCAUCACAGAGCACGGGAGGAGCACAAAGAACCAGCCAGUGACCAUGUCUCCUAGCGAUGCGAGACCCUUCUCUGCUGAUCCAGUGACCACCUCCACCGAGUCAAGACACCUGAGCAGCAUCUUGUCCACCACGGGGAUGUACCACCCAUCAACCCCCAAGAGGUCCCAGGAGACUUACCUCACUGUGACGAUGGUAGUCCUGACAUUCCUUCUGACACCUGUGGUGUUGUUUAUGGUCUAUGGCUUUUGGAAGAAGAGGCACAUGGGAAGCUACAGCUUGGGCAGCGACUCUGCUAAACCCUGGAUAUAUCUUCCUGAAGGACCAGAGACACUGUGGAAACCUGCUUGGUAUAAGAUAACUCAGUGAUCUGGAGAACUGAUGCCAAUGGACUCAGAGGCCAGAGAGGACCAAAGCCCAGACAAUGGCCCUGGGGCAGGAGCACAGUACAGCUGCCUUCCUUUCACCCAGGGCCACCGUGUCCUCAGUUUCCCUCUGUUCCCUACAAAUGUCUCUGUACAUUUGGAGACAAGAGCCAGACUCAUGAGCCCUCGGGCAGCCAGUGUCUAUAGAGUCCUAUUCUGGAUGAGAAGGGACAGAGAUGAAGACCUGGGAUCACAGAGGAACUGGUACCAGGAGGUCCCAGAGCUGACCAGGGCCACGUGUCUUCUGAUGUGUCGUGACUGUGGCUGCUGGUCCCUUCUGUCCUAGAAGCCUGAAGUUUACACAUGGCACUUGGUUCCUGUCUGCCAGCCUCUCUCAGGUCAGCGAGAGCCUACAGGUGCAGGACCAGCCUUUUCCAAGAUGGCUGCAAAGGCUGAACCUGGCCUCCCCCCCAUCCCAGUUGCUUCUCCCAUGCUGCAGUGAUGAGCUCAUGGAGGCGACUGAGACUAAUGAUUGGCGUGUCUGAAGCCCCAUGGAGAGGGCCCCUCCUCCAAACCAUGGGGUUGACCACUUAUGAGAAAAGAUUACAUGGAGCUGCCCUGCAUAGAAAAGCAGUGGGUGGAGGACUAGGACUGGCUAGUUGACACCAGAUUCUAGGCUGAAAAAGAUGGGCAGACACAUGGGCACACAGACAUGGACAUAUACCCAUACCCACUCACACAGAUAGAGAGAGUGACAGAGAGAGAGAGAAAGAGAGAGAGAGAGAGAGAGAGAGAGAGAGAGACAGAGACAGAGACAGAGACAGAGACAGAGAGACAGAGAGACAGAGAGACAGAGAUCUGGCUCUGGCCAGCAAAAAUCCUGCUAUGAGCCAUCCUUCUACGUGAGCAGCAGAACCAUAUCUCCAGGCAGGAGCAGAGAAAGCAGAGCCCAGGGUCCAAUGGCCCUACUGACUCUGCCUCCAUCCUAUGCACAACCCAGACUUGGCCUCUACUACCGAGAUCAUUGGUCUAGAGUUGAGCAGGGACGGCUGAGGGGUGUGGUCUAUGGACUGUGUGUGGGUUAUGGGUUGUGGGCUGUGGACUGUGUGUGGGUUAUGGGUUGUAGGCCGUAGGCUGUGGGCUGAAUCGUCACCCUAGUAGUGGUGCACACUAGCCCAUGGAGACUUGAAAGGUCCCUGAUCCAAAUGCAGCAGCUAACCCUCAGCCCUGAGUCAGGGACCUCCUAAUGGGACAGCAAACAUCACAGUCAGGAGGGUGACACACCUGGGGCCUUGGUCACACUCCAGGAUGGCUUUAAGGAGAGAGGAGGAGCCCAAGGUGUAACCUUGGAUAGAGAAAGUAACAACUUCCUGCAGAGCUUGACCGAGGUUAACUAGGUUGAGCAACUGACAAAUCAAGUUCUAGAAGGAAGGACAGACAGACGCAUCCACACAUAUCACUGGCUCGCUGGCCAUCUGCUGAGACACUGCUCUAGUGGGAACCUGGGAGGAUCAACUCACACUGCUGCCAGAGUGCCUCCUCCAUUACUGUCCCUCCUCCAUUCCUGUUCCUGCACCUUCCUUGGCCCUGACAGCCCUGUUUCCUGGACAGCAGAUGGACAGGUGGUCAGGCAUAGGAUCCAGGGAUCCCUGUGUGAACCAGACCAAGCCACUAGCCAUAUCUGGGCCUCAGUUUUCCCUGUCUUAUGAUAGGGGACAAUAAUUUCUACCUCUUAAGAGUGUUUGGGGGUGCAUUGUAA